AUGACUGGACGGGACGGGCUUUCGGAUGGGCGCUCUAGGAGUAGAGCCUUGGCUCCAGGCUGUCCUCCCACCGGCUCUCGCCUUCGAAGCUUCGCCAUCAACGACCUGCUGGGCUUGGAAGCGGACUUGCCGACUCCGGCGGGGCCCGGGUUAGGAUCCAGCUGUGAAGCUCCAGCGGAGGCCGCGGGCCCCGGACUCUCCUCCCAAGCCUUAUUCCCCGCCGGCGGUGGGGGAAACCGCCAUGGGUUCCUUCCGAUGGACCCUGUGUCCAGACCAGCAGAUGGGGACAGUGCAUCUGAAGAAAAGAGUGACCUGAAGAUGUCCCCUACCCCGGGCAAGAGGAAGAAGCGGAGGCACCGGACAGUUUUCACUGCCCAUCAACUGGAAGAACUGGAGAAGGCAUUUGGUGAGGCUCACUACCCUGACGUGUAUGCCCGGGAAAUGCUCGCUGUGAAAACAGAGCUCCCCGAAGACCGAAUACAGGUCUGGUUCCAGAACCGGAGAGCCAAGUGGCGUAAGCGAGAGAAGCGCUGGGGAGGCAGCAGCGUGAUGGCUGAGUAUGGACUCUACGGGGCCAUGGUGCGCCACUGCAUUCCGCUGCCAGAUUCUCUGCUCAACUCGGCGGCGGAUAGCCUGCAGGGCUCCUGUGCGCCCUGGCUUCUGGGGAUGCAUAAAAAGUCUGCAGGAAUGAGGAAACCAGAAAGUGAAGACAAGCUAGGAGGACUCUGGGGUUUUGACCACAUCAAGGAGGGUGCUAAUAAGGGCCAGGAUGGACCUGAAAAAGGCCCAGAUAAAACAAGCCUGGACCCCGAGGAUAGCUUGGAAGAUGUGGCCAUUGACUUGUCCAGCUCUUCUAGGCAGGAGACGAAGAAAAUGCCCCCGGAGUCCAAUGCUCAGGGAUGUUCCCAUGACCCAGGGCUGCAGGUGCUCCAGCCCCCAAAAGUGGAAUCCUCAUGA